UCGGUGAACGAAUUGGUAAAUGGUGUGUGUCCUCGGUCUUCACCAUCCCCACCUGCUUCUCGUAGACGAUUACGAACGAUGAGCGGUUCCAAAGCUGAACACCACCUUUUCACCACCAAGUCUGGAAGGAAAAUCUACACGAAAGGAAGGCCGCCUUGGUACGACAGCAAAGGAAAAUCGCUGAAACAGCCAUAUGUUAUUGGAAUCUGUGGCGGCUCAGCCAGUGGUAAAACUACUGUUGCCGAGAAGAUCAUAGAAAAAUUAGAGAUACCAUGGGUGACGAUUUUAAGUAUGGAUAGUUUUUAUAAGGUUCUUAACGAAAAGGAGCAUGCGCUUGCUGAACAGUCCAACUACAAUUUCGACCAUCCCAAUGCUUUCGAUUUCGAUCUGCUUUUUGAGGUUUUGACUCGACUCCGCGAAGGAAAAAGUUGUGAAGUGCCUGUAUACGAUUUCACUACUCAUUCUCGGGAUAAUAAUCCAAAGGUGAUGUACGGCGCAGACGUUCUUAUUUUCGAAGGGAUUCUUGCCUUUCAUCGCCCCGACAUAAAUGCUAUGAUGGACAUGAAGGUAUUCGUCGACACGGACCCUGAUGUGCGUUUGGCUCGCAGACUAAAUCGUGAUAUCAACGAGCGCGGUCGUGAUGCGGUUGGCGUACUUGAUCAGUAUUUCAGAUUUGUCAAACCGGCAUUCGAAGCGUAUAUCGCACCAGGAAUGAAAGUCGCUGAUAUCAUCGUUCCUCGGGGUGGAGAUAAUGAUGUGGCAAUCAAUCUCAUUGCGAAACAGGUGAUGACCCAACUAGUUAAAAGAGGUUAUGACCAAACUGCUGCUUCACAAUGUCGCCACGAUUUGGUGAACAUGGGACAGCUUCCUGAUGAGCUACCAGACAAUCUCACGAUUAUUAGGGAAACACCACAAGUUCGUGGUUUGCACACAUUCAUCCGAAACAAGAAUACGAAAAGGGACGAGUUGAUUUUCUAUUCUGAACGUCUGACCCGUAUUCUCGUUGAAGAAGCUAUGAAUUUUAUGCCCUAUAAGGAUGUGGAGAUCGAACUCAACAACGGUCAAAGGGGGCGGCGACAAUCUGCUCGAAUUUGCGGAAUCGCUAUUAUGAGAGCAGGAGAAACUAUGGAGAAUUCUCUUCGAGCUGUUGUGAAGGAUUGCAAGAUGGGAAAAAUAUUGAUCCAAACCAAUGACAAAACCAUGGAGCCGGAGCUUUACUACCUUCGAUUGCCAAAAGAUAUAGACAAAUACAAAGUCAUGCUUUUGGAUGCUACCGUUGCAACUGGUGCGGCAGCUAUGAUGGCUAUUCGAAUUCUUCUCGAUCAUGAUGUGCCCGAGGAGAAUAUUUAUGUCCUAUCAUUGCUCAUGUCUGAGCCGGGAGUUCAUGCCUUAGCCUACGCAUUCCCCAAGGUUCAACUCAUAACCACUGCUGUGGAUGCACAGAUCUCUGAUAAUUUCUACGUUUUACCUGGAAUGGGAAACUUCGGAGAUCGAUAUUAUGGCACAUAUUCUAGUGAUACAGAAGGGGAAGAACCAUUGGAUGGUUAA